UCGCAUCAGUCUUGUUCUGCAUCCCGCUACGAGAAGAAGCACGUAGAUCAUUGUCGAACCGGUUCGCUUGGACGGAAGUGAUAAGAACAAUGUUUUGCUUGAAAUUUAAACCAUUUUUGGCUGGUCUGGUCGUUUUAUUGCUCGUGAGUUCAUUCACUGUCGAUGUUUCGGCAGCCGAUCCAGCCGAUUGUCCCAAAAUCAUCAAGCGUGAACAAUGGGGAGCCCAGAAAUCGACCAACGUGACGUACCAGGUCAUGCCGGUCCAGUACGUAGUGAUCCACCACACGGCCACGGUCACCUGUGAUGAGAUGCCGAUCUGCAAGAACAUCGUCCGAUCGAUUCAGGACGCCCAUCAGAGCAUGAACAAGUGGAGUGACAUCGGAUACAACUUCCUGAUCGCCAACGGUGGCAACGUGUACGAGGGCAUCGGCUGGCACCGGGUUGGGACGCACACCCGCGGCUACAACAGCAAAUCGAUCGGGAUUGCUUUUAUUGGGGAUUUCAGCGAGGAGUUGCCCACGGUGAAGGCGCUGCGAGCGGCUGGAAAGUUGCUGCGGUGUGGAGUGGCGCUCGGUGAGCUGGAUCCGGAGUACAUGCUGUACGGUGCCCGGCAGUUGUCCGCGACGGCCAGUCCCGGUGAUGCGCUGUACGCUGACAUCCAGGAUUGGGACCACUUUGACGCUUCGAAGAGGUUGUGAAAUGGCUUCUUUUAGCUGCGCCGCAAAAGUUUGUUUGCAAACAUCGAAACAGCUGUUCGCGUGCACGUCGUACAUGUAAAGGUGUAGUCGAGCCAAUCACAAAAAGAAUAAAAAAAUUCCAAGCCUCUGGUGGUUAUCAUCCGAACUAACAGUAAAACUCUUCUUUGUAUGUGUGUAAUAGAUUAAAACAGUCGAUUUCUUUGAAUGAAAAGUGCGACGACGACACGUAUCACUGAGGCCAAUUUUUUGUUCAUUCUCUGGUAUAAAUAUUGAUGACCAACCAGCU